CAGGGACGCGCAUGCACUACAUAGAGAGACACUUCAAUCACAGAGCACACGUAGAACGAAAGAAGCAGGAACGAAAAAAGGCUGCCCAUCACGCGUCCCAAUGGCACAAAUAUGGAGAUUUGUUCGAUCGUGCCGUGAACAUUGCUUGCAUGUUUGAUUUUGGAAAGCUUUCUUUUGUUCCACUCCCACUGUAUUGUGGCUGAAGGGCAUGCUCUCAGAAGAGGACGCAACUUUGGCUGGAAUUGGCAUGAAUCUGAUUCAUUUCAAUGCCAAACAAGUAAGGUGGAUCCUGAGAUGCUCAGCCAUAUCGACGACAUCCAGAAGCAACUUGAGGAAUUGAAAGCUGGGCAAGCGAAUCUGAGCAAGGCACAGCAGGAGAUGGAGAUGCUGCAAAGGACUCGCAAGCAGAACGAACAGGCUGACAGUGCUUGGGCAGCGUCUUGCUUCGCCAUGUCUACAGAGACGCUGGGCGGCUCUUUGUCCAAAGAAGACAUGCAGAUCUUAGAGCGGCUGGCCAAAAACGAUCUUUCUCGGGAGGAGGCUGCCCAGUUGUCUCUUCUCCGCAUGGCCAUGGUUUGUUUUGGGAAAAAGGCUGAAGGAGGUGAAGUAGCCACAGCAGCGCUGGAUUUGCUGCAUAAAGUCACAUCAUCCAUCAGAAGAGGCCAGAGGCCCCCAGACCUUCCACGAGAUUGGGUGGAGUACUCUGAAAGUCCUGAAGCCAUCGAGAAGAUGCAGCAGCUGUCUGCUUCAGUGUGGGCCCAGCUGAGGGCACAGGCCCAGGCAGCUGUGCACAACAGCGACUGGAAGAACAAAGGUCCUCCACUGUUCUUCCUGACGUUUGCACUUCCAAUACCAAUGUAUCAGCUGUGCCAGUGGCUGUUGAGGAAGUGGAGAGAACGACGCCCAGCUGAGCUGGAGGACAAGAAGGAAGGUGAAGCAAAACAGAAGGAAGAGCCAAAGAAAGAGGCCAAGAAGGAGAAAUGAGAUCGGCCAGCGCCUAUCAUGGCAGACCGCAGAAGCUAAUGCCAGCCGAAAAAGUCAAAG